AUGUCAGGUAAGAUGCAAGAACAUGGCAGCCUGAGCAGAUGUCAAACAAAUAUGUCUCUCUGAUGAUAUGUUUAAUAUGAGGGUUCCUUCUCUCCAUUGAAGACUCCAGUCUCUAAUUACAACAUUAAGGCUGGUGGAAACUUAAGAUCACAUUCCUCCAUGCACCAGAAGAUUAUUUAGCACCUGUGUUUCCUUUAUAAUUAGUUGAUCAAAAGCAGAAAGUCAGUCAAACAUCUGCUGUAAUUAUAAAUCAACCAAGAAAGAAACAACUGAGUCCAAUGCUGCCGUUGCCAUUUCCGCUGUUAUUGAAGGGGCUCCCUGAUGACAGCUUGUCUAAUGAAAAGGCCUCUCAUUGAUUUGUCCAUAUGUUGAGCAGUGGACAUUGGGGUUUCAUGACCAUGAUAUCAGCCUGCCUGGUUACUUCACUGACCGCUAGAAGAGGAAUCAAAGACAUGAGAAACGGGAAGUAAGAGCUAUGGAGAAAUAUCAGUACAGGGAUCAACAGAUCAUCAGACAAGAGGAGGAUCUGAGUUAAUGAGAUGAAGGGGGGGGGGGGGAGAAAGAGAGAGAGAGGAAAAGGGAGAGAGAGAGAAUCCAGCAGCCAGCUUGCCCUCAGGGAGAGUCAUUAACGGUAAAUGAAGCUUACCCCUGAGUGGAUAUUCAUGAGCCUCUGACCUCUUUAGUGCAUUUUAAAGAUCUCUGCCCGCUGCAUCUGAAACUACAGUAAAACUAAUGUGUGUGUGUGUGUGUGUGUGUGUGUGUGUGUGUGUGUGUGUGUGUGUGUGUGUGUGUGUGAGUGUGUGUGUGUGUGUGUGUGUGUGUGUGUGUGUGUGUGUGCGUGCGUGUGUGAGUGAGUGCGUGUGUAAGCUAGGAGGACAAUGCCUGUUCAAUAGAACGGUUGAGUGGCUUCACUUCCCAGUAGUACCUAUUAUUACUAUCCUCCGUCUCUGUGUUCAGCCUGCGAUUAUACGGCUGUUUCCAAAGCCUACGCUCACCACCUGUCCUGUACUCUGCCCACUACAAACCCCCCACACUCCCCUUCCCUCAUCCCUUUCAAAACUGGUCACCCUUCAAAAGGUAAAUUAGAUCCCAUGCCACUUACCAGAUGUCCAAUGUGCCUUGGAGAGGGAGUCAGAUCUCCUCUGGUCUGGUGGAUGGAAGGUGAUGUCUCAAACUGCCGUUCUAUGGUCUGGAUGGGAUGGCCUCUCUAUUGUUCUCUCUAAGGAGGGAGACAUGGUGCCUGAUCAGCUUUCAGCCUCUUCGUUUCAAUCUAAGUGAGGAGAGAAGGGGAAAGGAGAGAGGGAGCCUAGGUCAGUCAGUGGAUGAAGCAGAACACAGGGGACCUGACAUAGGGGCAUGUUUAAAUUAAUUCACAACACAGUGAGGUCACUUCUGGUGCCAGAUUUUUUACUAGAUGGUGUACAAGUCAAAGAUGAUUAAUUCAAAUUGACUUGCUCUCCUGUGUGUGUUUAUUUUAUCAUGUUUUCUUUUGAGGUUAUCCUCACAGAUCACCAGACAAAAUGGACAAUACAAAAUGCUGACACUCUGCUCACAUUGAUUAGUGACCAAAUUUGAGACAAUGUCCACUUCCUGUGAACAAGUUGGAGACUUGGCUUCGGUUCAUUCCCACAUCUCUAGGUCAAGAAAAAGACAGGCAAAUUAUUGUACCUCUAGCCCCUAGGGCCUGAACUAUAGCAGAGAUCACCUCCCCAACUCUCAUGAUUUAAUAUUAAAGCGCUUUUGUGAGAGGCUAAUUGGGGGUCAGAGAUUUAUGACGAUAUUCAAUAAGACCCGUGUCACAUACGGCUUUGGAGCAGUGGAUUUGCUUCCUGUGUGUGUGUGUGUGUGUGUGUGUGUGUGUGUGUGUGUGUGUGUGUGUGUGUGUGUGUGUGUGUGUGUGUGUGUGUGUGUGUGUGUGUGUGUGUGUGUGUGUGUGUGUGUGUGUGUGUGUGUGUGUGUGUGUGUGUGUUUGUGUAGAUCAUCAUCUCUGGAGACUGUAUUGAGGAAAGUAGACUUCAUAGAUUUGUACCACACACUGUCAAAUACAGACAGACACACACACACACCUAAUGAUAAUGUUCAUAGACAUCAUCAACAACCAUCAGGAUCAAAAACAAUUUGCUUCACCAUUAAACAAUUUGUGAUGUCAAGAAAAUGACAAGAUAACCGAGGGUACCAUUACUUAUUAUUCAUGUCUUUCUGUCUACCAUUCUGUCUGCCAUUGUCAUAAUUCGGAAAUGAAGUCAUCCUUAGUCCAAAUGUCCCCCUAAAGACAAUACAUCACUCUGACAUUCUGUGAUUUGAGGGAUGAGAAAAACCAGACACUGACAAAGACAAAAAAUUGAAUAUAUGAAUUCUAAUUGCCCAAUACUUUAACUGUCACUCCAGAUGUCCAAAGACAGACAAUUGCAAUGACAUCCUUUCACCACACAAAAUAGUGAACAGACUGUUUAAACUGACAUUACGCUAUGGCCGAAUUUGCAAUGUGCAUAUAGGCUAGCUACCUAGAACCCUGAUUAUGGAGUAUCUUAAAACUACAUCAGUCCACUGUAACACACUGACUAGUGCCAAGGGGUUGUAGAGAACUCCUCCAGUGACAAUAGGUAACCAUGUAUACCAUGGAAACGAGACACACUGCAAUCAGAGACACUUCACACUCCCAGCGAUCGAUCAGCAGCUAGUCAGGAUGACCUGGUAGCCAUAAUGCUGUCCAGUGUCCAGGCCAUUAUCUGACAUAGUGACAGUCAGGUUCAGGUAAUAGAGCACGUCCUAAUCCACACAUGACCAGGCUCAGGGCCUGCUGUGAUCAAUACACAACUAAAAGAACAGGUAAUAUGAUAUAAAUGGGCUCCCGAUGGUAAGGUGAUAUGGAGAAGGGUAGGUGUGUGUGUGUUUAAUUUAAUGUGUCUUCUAACAAUGUAAAUGUAUCUUCACACAGGCUGACAUUCCAAUGCAUUUCUAACCACUACAUACUCUGUUCCAUCUUGCCUGAGUUGAUCAAGCUGACGUAUUGGUGUGUUCAGACUAAUGGAAAUCAAUGAGACAGAGAGCGUGCUGUUAAUAAGAGCAGUGCAUUUGCACUUACUCAAGACAAACCAGUUGAUAAGACUGAACAGUAGCCACAGCCCCAUCUGAGUAAUGGGAUAGCUCAUCAGAAGUGCUGAAUGCAGUCAUUACAGUGUAAUGGAAGACAAGCAUCACAGUUCACGAUCACAGUACGUAAUUCACAGUAGAUUCACUGUAGUCCUUCACUUCAAUAGAUUUAACUGUGACUACAAGCCUGGUGAUAAGUUAUUACAUGUAAUAACAUGACAUUUAAUAACAUGACAAUAACAUGAGCAACAUAUUGUGGCCUUAUUUGGUUAGGAAACUAGAAGUAGAAGUAACAUAAUGGCACAAAGGAUCCAUACAGCCAGGGUGGCAUUAAGCCCAAUUUUGAGACCAAAUAUAACGUGACACUCAGCAAGACAUAAAUACUACAUUAAGGGACCCAAUAUAACGUGACACAGACAGUCUAUGAGGGAGAGUGGAGCAAGGGCCCCACCCUACCGUGCUGUACAUCUAACCUGUCACCUCACAGAAUGGAUGCUGAUUUAAGGACAGAGAUGUCACUCCCUCUAGGAACAGGCGUGAGUGCUUCUCUGCCCACCCACUAGAAGCCUCACUUUCACUGGCACAGUGAGUAGGGGUGGUAUCUGUGGGUAGGGGCUGAUUGAAAGACAGAAAUGUCACUCGCUCUAGGGGCAGGGGUGAGGUCUUCUCUGCCCACCCACAAAGACGGUUUGACUUGGCACAGCUUAGCACUUACACUGAUAUAUCUUGAUUCCUUGUUUUUGUUUUGUAGUUUUUUGGGGGUUAUUGUAUUGAUAGAUAUUACUGCACUGUUAGAAAUAUAAGCAUUUCACUGCACCUGCGAUAACAUCUGCAAAUCUGUGUACGCGACCAAUACAUUUUGAUUCGACACUAUCUAUAUAUAUUCCGAGGAGCCUGUCUAGGGUCUGUGGUGUCUGUAGACUCGCUGUGUGUUCAGUGUCUCGGAUGUCUGUAGAUUUGCUGUGUGUUACUGCAGUAGUAGGGUUUGUGAUGUCUGUAGACUCACUGUCAGUUCUGUGUCUGUGAUGUCUAUAGACUUGAUGUGUGUUCUCCCCCAACCACUGUACGAAUCCCAAGGGCCUGGUCAGUAAUUACUGGGAAGCCUUGCUCUUCCACCAAUCAAAUUCCUGCACUCUGUCAUCUCUCCAAUCCCUGGAAUGGCUUUUGGCCACACUUCUGCUCUACAUCAAUGGGAUAAGUCCAUAAUUCGUUCCACGCUUUUUUAUUAAAACCCAAGCCACACUGUUAUUAAUGCUUCAUGAAGGGUUGCCUAUAACAGAAUGUGAUUGCUACCAUAUGUGGUAUAACGACCAGUACCAGCAUACCAUCCAGCAGGAGAUUAACUGAAAGAGACGGUUGAGACCGACCCUUUCCGUCUAAUAGCAGAGUUUGAUUUGAAAGAAGCCGAUGUGUCAUUGAAAAGGGCAAAUUAGAGAGACAUUUAGUUAUUGGAGGAGGGACAUAUCGAUGCUACUACAUGAUUCCAUAUUUUUACCAUCAUUUUCACAACCUUACCAAUAACAGAUUCACAGAUGCUCUCUCAGCAUUAUUUCCAGUGUAACACAGACACCGAUACCGUCAAUCAUCAAUGAGCCACUGGAUGGAUAAACUGGAAUAAAGAUAGCACACAGAGGCUGUGAUGUCCUCGGGAGAUUAAUGGUGUUUUGGGCUGGUGUGAUACAUCUACAGUGAAACUUAAUGACUCCCCUAACCAACCCCUGAGGAGCACAUCUUCUACUGCGGGUGACAGGCAGAAGAGAUCUAUAGUAAAUGCUGAGAAAAAACUUCCAUAGCGUUGCUCAAGUGAAUGACAGAUUAUGCUAGAUAUACUGAAUAUCAAUAGGUUAAGGGAUCUUCAUAUCAUUACGUAUUUAACCGUUUGUGAGCGUCAACACAGUGUUUGGGUCCAGGCACCACCUCACGUGCAUCUUGCCUCAGUUUAGAGUGGCUAACACACGAUUUUGCUUAGGCAACUUAAUGCACAAUAACACAAAUAUAAUUGGUGAUUCAUGUUAAAAAUCAUAUUUCCAAACAUGUUACAUACUUAAGCUAGCAUAUCGAUUCAGCUCAUAAACGGUGUAAUAAUUCCACAUCCUGUUAUUGAACGACAUUAUUUUAAGAGCCUAACUCACCAUGAAACUCAACUCACAAUGUCCCACUUCAUUCCCCCCUUUUUUGUGUUCUAGAACUAAAUGGACUCUUUGUUCAGCCAAACACAUGCAGCAGAGAGAGAAAUGAAAACUUCUGUUUAAAAUGUUCUCCCAAAUAUAAUUGAACAAAUGUGUGUACAUUCUUAUUUGGCACUUCAAAGGCUUGUUUUAUUGAGAAAAUUAAGAACUCUGGGGUCAAACUCGGAGCAAGAUAUUUCUGUCUGUCAAGGCCGAUUCUGAGGAGAACAAACCUAAACAUUAUCUGUUCUGAUUCUGAAUGGCUCUCAGAUAGAGACAGGCUGGACCUUUGAUGCUGGUGAAAUACUGCACUGGGUCUUUCCACAGUAAAGAUGAAAACUGGAGGGAAAUCUCUCUGGGUAACGUCAUACUGACAGGCAGUCACUGCAUUUCAAGCUGGAGUUUUGUUUCGAGUGGAUAAAAAGUGAGUAUUGAGUAAGAUUAAAGCAGUUGAUACAGGUAUAAACAAAUGCAUAAUGCAAGCAUGCACAUGCACACACGCUCGCUAACACACUUGCUCACAUGCUCGCAAGCACACACGCUCACAAGCACACACGCACACACACUAAAAUCAGACCAGCUAACGUCUCAGCAUUGAUGUGCAGAUUGCUGACAUCAUGCAGUGUAAUGUCACUGCUCUCUCCCUGGUUUUCAUCAGCACCUUAUUAAGAUUAUUAAUAAGGCCUCAGCCAGAAUAAUACCAGGUAUUUUGGACCUGAAAGACAACAGACAGAGAGCAUUGUUCUACUAAAACUCUCAGCUGGAUUAGGACCAAAUGGCUACAUACUAUACUGUAGGCCCAAAUGGCUUCAUACUAUACUAAGUUAGUAUAUUCCUAGAAAACAUUGAACCGCUGUAGUUUACAACAAUUAUAGUUUCUGAGGUGGAAGUUGGGAGAGUUAUAUUUGGGUGUUUCAGUGAAACGUAAGUGAGGGAGGCACCGCUCUCUCGCUUUCCCAGAUGUUUAGUUCAUUUCAUUCCGAUCUCCUUUGCAUUAUUGUAGCCAUUUUCUGUAGCCUGUCAACUAUGCCUCUGUCUAUCCCUGUUCUCUCCUCUCCGCACAGGCUAUACAAACGCCUCACACUGCGUGGCUGCUGCCUCUCUAACCUGGUGGUCCCUACACACACCACCCAUGUGGAGUUCCAGGUCUCCGGCAGCCUCUGGAACUGCCGUUCUGCGGCCAACAAGGCAGAGUUAAUCUCAGCCUAUGCUACCCUCCAGUCCCUCGACUUCUUGGCGCUGACGGAAACAUGGAUUACCACUGAAAACACUGCUACUCCUACUGCUCUCUCCUCGUCUGACCAUGUGUUCUCGCAUACCCCGAGAGCAUCUGGUCAGUGGGGUGGUGGCACAGGAAUCCUCAUCUCUCCCAAGUGGACAUUCUCUCUUUUUCCCCUGACCCAUCUGUCUAUCUCCUCAUUUGAAUUCCAUGCUGUCACAGUCACUAGCCCAUUCAAGCUUAACAUCCUUGUCAUUUAUCACCCUCCAGGUUCCCUUGGAGAGUUCAUCAAUGAGCUUGAUGCCUUGAUAAGUUCCUUUCCUGAGGAUGGCUCACCCCUCACAGUUCUGGAUGACUUUAACCUCCCUACGUCUACCUUUGACUCAUUUCUCUCUGCCUCCUUCUUUCCACUCCUCUCCUCUUUUGACCUCACCCUCUCACCGUCCCCCCCUACUCACAAGGCAGGCAAUACGCUUGACCUAAUCUUUACUACAUGCUGCUCUUCUACUAAUCUCACUGCAACUCCCCUCCAUGUCUCCAACCACUACCUUGUAUCCUUUUCUCUCUCGCUCUCCUCCAACACUACUCAAUCUGCCCCUACUCAGAUGGUAAUGCGCCGUCACUACCUUCGCUCUCUCUCUCCCGCUACUCUCUCCUCUUCCAUCCUAUCAUCUCUUCCCUCUGCUCAAUCCUUCUCCCUCCAAUCUCCUGAUUCUGCCUCCUCAACCCUCCUCUCCUCCCUUUCUGCAUCCUUUGACUCUCUAUGUCCCCUAUCCUCCCGGCCGGCUCGGUCCUCCCCUCCUGCUCCGUGGCUUGACGACUCAUUGCGAGCUCACAGAACAGGGCUCCGGGCAGCCGAGCGGAAAUGGAGGAAAACUAGACUCCCUUUCAAGACUGGUCAUUCAACUGAGACUGCUCUUCUCUGUGUCACGGAGGCCCUCCGCACCAGAGCAUAUGAGCGGAGUGGAGUGGGAGCGAGCGUGGAGCGUGAGCGGACGGAUUUUGAACAGAGCGCAGAGCGGCAUUUUUAAAAGGACGGAGCGUCGCCCUAUGACCCGCUCCAAUUUCGCUCGCUCACACCACGAGUCUGAAGCAUGCUCAAGCCUGACCCAGAAUCCAUCUGUUUAAUUUAAUUUGUGUCGUCCAUUAAUUUGUAUUUUAUAGAGCGAGAGGAGCAGCAGCAGCAACAAGAGAAAAGGGUUGAGGAAUUCAAAAGUUUAUUCACUGCACGCAAAGGCCCAACCAUAACAAGGGAGAGAAAAAGAGAGCUGGAUGUAGCAUUUUUUGAAAUGAUUUUCAUGGACUAUGAACCGCUGAGUAAAGGAGAACGCGAAGGGAUGCAACACUUCGCCAGCGCAGCUCAACCGGGCUACACUCCCCCAAGAAACUAUGAUAAAUCAGUACUUUACUUUGUCAAAUUUACAUCUGAGAUGCCCCAUUCACAUGCUUCAGCUGGCGAUCAAAAACGCCGUUAACAAGCACGACAACAUUAAUAGGCUGUUAGUGAAAGUCGGGCACCUGGUGAAAAGUGUACGCAAGAGCACAGAGGAAACCGACCAAUUAGGUGUCCACCCCACAAAUGCCUGCGCCAUUCGAUGGAGCAGCCAGCUGCGGAUGAUUCAGUCGUUCAUCCGGUUGUUCCAAAAAGACCCGUUAUGGUAAAACAAACUCAAGUCUAAUGUUGCUAACAUCACCCUGAAUCAAGUACGGCAGCUGACGCACCUUGUCAGUGUGCUGACACCACUAGCAGACCUCACAGACAAAAUGCAGAAGGAGCUGGGGAACCUGGGGAUGAUCCUCCCUGCUGUAACAGAAAUCAAAUCCCUGCUCACCGAUUACACUCACGCUGCACUUCCAAUGGGCAUCGCUGCUUUUGCAGAAACAUUGGCAAACAACGUGUCAAUUCGCUAUGGAAUAUACUAUACUGAUUAACAUCUCAUUUUAGCGUCAGUGUUAGAUCCCCGUUUCAAGACAGAAUGGAUAAUCCGAGAUGAGUCUGUAUGCAACAAAUUCGGGGAGAUAAAGUAAGGCUGUGGUUUAAGCUAAAGGUGAAAUACAUGCAGAUUUUGUUCCUUUUUUGGAGUGAGCGGGGGGCGAUUUGAGUGGAGCGCGAUGCAAACUGCGUUGAGCGCUGAGCGAUAAUGAGCGGACUGGCCUGAUGUGGCUUUGAGCGGGGGGAGCGGAGGGGUGAACAGCUCCGUGAGCGAGGAGCUGAGAUUCUCACCGCUCCACUCCGCUCAUAUGCUCUGCUCCGCACUGCUAAAGCUAACUCUCUCUCCUCUGCUCUUGUCCUUCUAGACCUGUCUGCUGCCUUUGAUACUGUGAACCAUCAGAUCCUCCUCUCCACCCUCUCCAAGUUGGGCAUCUCCGGCGCGGCUCACUCUUGGAUUGCGUCCUACCUGACCGGACGCUCCUACCAAGUGGCGUGGCGAGAAGCUGUGUCCGCACCACGUGCUCUCACCACUGGUGUCCCCCAGGGCUCAGUUCUAGGCCCUCUCCUAUUCUCGCUAUACACCAAGUCACUUGGCUCUGUCAAAUCCUCACAUGGCCUCUCCUAUCAUUGCUACGCAGACGACACACAACUAUUCUUCUCCUUUCCCCCUUCUGAUAACCAGGUGGCGAAUCGCAUCUCUGCAUGUCUGGCAGACAUAUCAGUGUGGAUGACGGAUCACCACCUCAAGCUGAACCUCGGCAAGACGGAGCUGCUCUUCCUCCCGGGGAAGGACUGCCCGUUCCAUGAUCUCGCCAUCACGGUUGACAACUCCGUUGUGUCCUCCUCCCAGAGUGCAAAGAGCCUUGGCAUGACCCUGGACAACACCCUGUCAUUCUCCGCUAACAUCAAGGCGGUGACCCAAUCCUGUAGGUUCAUGCUCUACAACAUUCGGAGAGUACGACCCUGCCUUACACAGGAAGCGGCACAGGUCCUAAUCCAGGCACUUGUCAUCUCCCGUCUGGAUUACUGCAACUCGCUGUUGGCUGGGCUCCCUGCCUGUGCCAUUAAACCCCUACAACUCAUCCAGAAUGCCGCAGCCCGUCUGAUGUUCAACCUUCCCAAGUUCUCUCACAUCACCCCGCUACUCCGCACACUCCACUGGCUUCCAGUUGAAGCUUGCAUCUGUUACAAGACCAUGGUGCUUGCCUACGGAGCUGUGAGGGGAACGGCACCUCCGUACCUUCAGGCUCUCAUCAGUCCCUACACCCAAACGAGGGCAUCGUGUUCAUCCACCUCUGGCCUGCUGGCCCCCCUACCUCUGCGGAAGCACAGUUCCCGCUCAGCCCAGUCUAAACUGUUCGCUGCUCUGGCACCCCAAUGGUGGAACAAGCUCCCUCACGACGCCAGGACAGCGGAGUCACUCACCACCUUCCGGAGACACUUGAAACCGCACCUCUUUAAGGAAUACCUGGGAUAGGAUAAAGUAAUCCUUCUACCCCCCCUUACCCCACCCCAAAGAAAGAAAAAAACAUAUUGUAAAGUGGUUAUCCCACUGGCUAUAAGGUGAAUAAACCAAUUUGUAAGUCGCUCUGGAUAAGAGCGUCUGCUAAAUGACGUAAAUGUAAAUGUAAAUGUAUACUGUAGGCCCAAAUGGCUACAUACUAUACUGUAGGCCCAAAUGGCUACAUACUAAACUGUAGGCCCAAAUGGCUACAUACUAUACUGCAGGCUUAAAGAACAGCAGUUGCACAGGUGGUAGGAAUAUUCGAGAGAAGUAUACAGAUAGUACCUCUACAGUACUUUUGACUUUUUCCACUUUGGAAACACACCCAUGCACACACCACCAUGUCCUUGGCCAAUGCUUGUAAAAUGCUAUAUUUUCUGGUUGUUACGUUUUGUAAUAAUUUGUUUAUCAGGCUAUGCAUUCGGAAAAUGUAUGUUUUUCCCCAUAUCAAAAACUAUUAUGAUUGCUUCGAUUUUAUCUCUACAGCAUUGAUGUAGUGGUCAUUGUAUUACCAUUUUGCACCACUGAUUUGACUCUUGACAAUAGUUCCAUUGUUGGUGUGUGGAUUCUAACUCUUUGUUCCACCUGCAACCCAACCCCUGAGAAUGUUAAGUAGUCUAACUCUCCCUCCAGUUUCCAAAUGGCAACAUGACCAUGACUGUAAAACAACUUUGCUUUUCUCCCUCUGUUUGGGAAUAUGGAGUGACAGAUAAAGGUAUUACUCAUAUAACCAAGAUAAAAACUGCAUUGGACAGUAUCAGAUUAUGCCUACUAUAAAAUGCUUUCACUGGAGGGUUGAGUAAGGACAACUCUGACAAUAGCGUUACCAUAGAGACUGCUGCAGUCCCAGUGGAUAACAUGGACCUGGCUCUGGGCUGGUCAGAGUCACAGGUCAGGUGUAACAUGGCUGCCCUCUAGGCCACUGAAAUAGGUUAACUGGUUUGAUUAACAGUUCAGGAGGGUCAACGGUCAGGGGCCAGCGGACCACUCCAGUCCUCCUUGGUGUGGACUCAUGGGAACCGAGUCAGCUGACCCUCGGAUGAGGGGCCAGCCAAUCACAGAGCAUUCUGUUUGAAAGCCUGUGUAUUUCCUGCUCGACUCAGAAUGAGACAUGUAAGCAAAUGUCACAAGUGGCAUUCCAAAGCAUCCAAUAGGUGAUAAAUGUGAUUUACGUUUCAGCCUUAUUCUAAAAUGGAUUAAAUUGUUUUUUUUUCCCUCAUCAAUCUACACACAAUAUCCCAUAAUGACAAAGCAAAAACAGGUUUCGAUAAACAUUUGCAAAUGUUUUAAAAAUAAAAAACUGAAAUAUUACAUUUACAUAAGUAUUCAGACCUUUUACUCAGUACUUUGUUGAAGCACCUUUGGCAGCGAUUACAGCCUUGAAUCUUCUUGAGUAUGACGCUACAAGCUUGGCAUGCCUGUAUUUGGGGAGUUUCUCCCAUUCUGCAGAUCCUCUCCAGCUCUGUCAGAUUGGAUGGGGAGUGUAGCUGCACAGCUAUUUUCAGGUCUCUCCAGAGAUGUUUGAUCGGGUACAAGUCCGGGCUCUGGCUGGACUACUCAAGGACAUUCAGAGACUUGUCCCGAAGCCACUCCUGCGUUGUCUUGGCUGUGUGCUUAGGGUUGUUGUCCUGUUGGAAGGUAAACCUUCGCCCCAGUCUGAAGUCCUGAGCGCUCUGGAGCAGGUUUUCAUCAAGGAUCUCUCUGUACUUUUCUCUGUUCAUCUUUCCCUUGAUCCUGACAACAUCCCCACACCAUGAUGCUGCCAUCACCAUGCUUCACCGUAGGUAUGGUGCCAGGUUUCCUUCAGACGUGAUGCUUGGCACUCAGACCAAAGAGUUCAAUCUUGGUUUCAUCAGACCAGAUAAUCUUGAGUCCUUUAGGUGCCUUUUGGCAAACUCCAAAUGGGCUGUCAUGUGCCUUUUACUGAGGAGUGGCUUCCGUCUGGCCACUCUACCAUAAAGGCCUGAUUGGUGGAGUGAUGCAGAGAUGGUUGUCCUUCUGGAAGGUUCUCCCAUCUCAACAGAGGACUCUGGAGCUCUGUCAGAGUGACCAUUGGGUUCUUGGUCACCUCCCUGACCAAGGCCCUUCUCCCCCGAUUGCUCAGUUUGGCCGUGCGGCCAUCUCUAGGAAGAGUCUUGGUGGUUCUAAACUUCUUCCACUUAAGAACGAUGGAGGCCUCUGUGUUCUUGGGGACCUUCAAUGCUGCAGACAUUUUUUAGUACCCUUCCCCAGAUCUGUGCCUCGACAUAAUCCAGUCUCUGAGCUCUACGGACAAUUCCUUCGACCUCAUGGCUUGGUUUUUGCUCUGACAUGCACUGUCAACUGUGGGACCUUAUAUAGACAGGUGUGUGCCUUUCCAAAUCAUGUCCAAUCAAUUGAAUUUACCACAGGUGGACUACAAUCAAGUUGUAGAAACAUCUCAAGGAUGAUCAAUGGAAACAGGAUGCACCUGAGCUCAAUUUCAAAUCUCAUAGCAAAGGGUCUGAAUACUUAUGUAAGUAAGGUAUUUCUGUUUUUUAUUUUUUAUACAUUUGCAAACAUUUCUAAAAACCGGUUUUCGCUUUGUCAUUAUGGGGUAUUGUGUGUAGAUUGAUGACGAAUGUUUUAUCAAUUUUAGAAUAAGGCUGUAAUGUAACAAAAUGUGGAAAAAGGGAAGGUGUCUGAAUACUUUCCGAAUGCACUGUACUUAUCUAUCUAUUUUUUUUUUUUUUUUUUUUUAGGGGGUAGAUCAGCUUUAAUAUUUCAGAUAGAUUUGAACUUCCAUCAAUGUAAUUGUCUGCAUCACUUCCAAUCCCCCAUAUGUUUUUUUCUCGCAAAUAUAUACAUAUAUAUAUAUAUAUAUAUAUAUAUACAUACAUACAUACACAUACAUACACAUAUAUAUAUAUAUACACAUACACAUACAUAUAUACACAUACAUACACACACAUAUAUAUAUAUAUAUACACACACAUACACAUACAUAUAUACACAUACAUACACACACAUACACACACAUAUAAACAUAUACAGUGGGGAAAAAAAGUAUUUAGUCAGCCGCCAAUUGUGCAAGUUCUCCCACUUAAAAAGAUGAGAGAGGCCUGUAAUUUCCAUCAUAGGUACACGUCAACUAUGACAGACAAAAUGAGAAAAAAAAUCCAGAAAAUCACAUUGUAGGAUUUUUUAUGAAUUGAUUUGCAAAUUAUGGUGGAAAAUAAGUAUUUGGUCAAUAACAAAAGUUUCUCAAUACUUUGUUAUAUACCCUUUGUUGGCAAUGACACAGGUCAAACGUUUUCUGUAAGUCUUCACAAGGUUUUCACACACUGUUGCUGGUAUUUUGGCCCAUUCCUCCAUGCAGAUCUCCUCUAGAGCAGUGAUGUUUUGGGGCUGUCGCUGGGCAACACGGACUUUCAACUCCCUCCAAAGAUUUUCUAUGGGGUUGAGAUCUGCAGACUGGCUAGGCCACUCCAGGACCUUGAAAUGCUUCUUACGAAGCCACUCCUUCGUUGCCUGGGCGGUGUGUUUGGGAUCAUUGUCAUGCUGAAAGACCCAGCCACGUUUCAUCUUCAAUGCCCUUGCUGAUGGAAGGAGGUUUUCACUCAAAAUCUCACGAUACAUGGCCCCAUUCAUUCUUUCCUUUACACGGAUCAGUCGUCCUGGUCCCUUUGCAGAAAAGCAGCCCCAAAGCAUGAUGUUUCCACCCCAUGCUUCACAGUAGGUAUGGUGUUCUUUGGAUGCAACUCAGCAUUCUUUGUCCUCCAAACACGACGAGUUGAGUUUUUACCAAAAAGUUCUAUUUUGGUUUCAUCUGACCAUAUGACAUUCUCCCAAUCCUCUUCUGGAUCAUCCAAAUGCACUCUAGCAAACUUCAGACGGGCCUGGACAUGUACUGGCUUAAGCAGGUGGACACGUCUGGCACUGCAGGAUUUGAGUCCCUGGCGGCGUAGUGUGUUACUGAUGGUAGGCUUUGUUACUUUGGUCCCAGCUCUCUGCCGGUCAUUCACUAGGUCCCCCCGUGUGGUUCUGGGAUUUUUGCUCACCGUUCUUGUGAUCAUUUUGACCCCACGGGGUGAGAUCUUGCGUGGAGCCCCAGAUCGAGGGAGAUUAUCAGUGGUCUUGUAUGUUUUCCAUUUCCUAAUAAUUGCUCCAACAGUUGAUUUCUUCAAACCAAGCUGCUUAUCUAUUGCAGAUUCAGUCUUCCCAGCCUGGUGCAGGUCUACAAUUUUGUUUCUGGUGUCCUUUGACAGCUCUUUGGUCUUGGCCAUAGUGGAGUUUGGAGUGUGACUGUUUGAGGUUGUGGACAGGUGUCUUUUAUACUGAUAACAAGUUCAAACAGGUGCCAUUAAUACAGGUAACGAGUGGAGGACAGAGGAGCCUCUUAAAGAAGAAGUUACAGGUCUGUGAGAGCCAGAAAUCUUGCUUGUUUGUAGGUGACCAAAUACUUAUUUUCCACCAUAAUUUGCAAAUAAAUUCAUUAAAAAUCCUACAAUGUGAUUUUCUGGAUUUUUUUUUUCUCAAUUUGUCUGUCAUAGUUGACGUGUACCUAUGAUGAAAAUUACAGGCCUCUCUCAUCUUUUCCCCACUGUAUACAUACAUCAAUACACACACACAUAUCAUUUUUAAAAUUAUAUUUCCCUUCAUUACUUUCCAACCCCACCACCCCUUCCCUAAUUGGAGUAAACUAGUGAACAACAAUGCUUAGGCCUCUACUUCCAGCUUAUACAUACUAUAUACAUUUUAUGGACACAGUCAAAUUUUGCAAUAAUUAUAUUUUGUUUGUUUUUACUCCUGAACUUCCUCCGAUCAUUUUCAUGAUGUCCAUCUGGUUUGCUUCUAUAUGCCAUAUUUUUCUAACUGUGCUCUUUCACAAAAGCUCUCAACCUAUUACCUAUAUACUUAUUAUCAGACCCGUCGCCAGACCUCAGUCUUAAGGGGGGCAUAUUUUACUUUUUUUUUUACAUUUACGUCAUUUAGCAGACACUCUUAUCCAGAGCGACUUACAAAUUGGUGCAUUCACCCUAUAGCCAGUGGGAUAACCACUUUACCAUUUUUUUAUUUAUUUUUUUUUUUAAGGGGGGGGGGGGGGUAGAAGGAUUACUUUAUCCUAUCCCAGGUAUUCCUUAAAGAGGUGUGGUUUCAAAUGUCUCCGGAAGGUGGUGAGUGACUCCGCUGUCCUGGCGUCGUGAGGGAGCUUGUUCCACCAUUGGGGUGCCAGAGCAGCGAACAGUUUUGACUGGGCUGAGCGGGAACUAUGCUUCCGCAGAGGAAGGGGAGCCAGCAGGCCAGAGGUGGAUGAACGCAAUGCCCUCGUUUGGGUGUAGGGGCUGAUCAGAGCCUGAAGGUACAGAGGUGCCGAUCCCCUCACAGCUCCAUAGGCAAGCACCAUGGUCUUGUAACAGAUGCGAGCUUCAACUGGAAGCCAGUGGAGUGUGCGGAGGAGCGGGGUGACGUGAGAGAACUUGGGAAGGUUGAACACCAGACGGGCUGCGGUAUUCUGGAUGAGUUGUAGGGGUUUAAUGGCACAGGCAGGGAGCCCAGCCAACAGCGAGUUGCAGAAAUCCAGACGGGAGAUGACAAGUGCCUGGAUUAGGACCUGUGCCGCUUCCUGUGUAAGGCAGGGUCGUACUCUCCGAAUGUUGUAGAGCAUGAACCUGCAGGAUCGGGUCACCGCCUUGAUGUUAGCGGAGAACGACAGGGUGUUGUCCAGGGUCACGCCAAGGCUCUUCGCACUCUGGGAGGAGGACACAACGGAGUUGUCAACCGUGAUGGCGAGAUCAUGGAAUGGGCAGUCCUUCCCCGGGAGGAAGAGCAGCUCCGUCUUGCCAAGGUUCAGCUUGAGGUGGUGAUCCGUCAUCCAUACUGAUAUGUCUGCCAGACAUGCAGAGAUGCGAUUCGCCACCUGGUUAUCAGAAGGGGGAAAGGAGAAGAUUAGUUGUGUAUCGUCAGCGUAGCAAUGAUAGGAGAGGCCAUGUGAGGAUAUGACAGAGCCAAGUGACUUGGUGUAUAGGGAGAAUAGGAGAGGGCCUAGAACUGAGCCCUGGGGGACACCAGUGGUGAGAGCACGUGGUGCGGAGACAGCUUCUCGCCACGCCACUUGGUAGGAGCGACCGGUCAGGUAGGACGCGAUCCAGGAGUGAGCCGCGCCGGAGAUGCCCAGCUCGGAGAGGGUGGAGAGGAGGAUCUGAUGGUUCACAGUAUCAAAGGCAGCAGACAGGUCUCGAAGGACAAGAGCAGAGGAGAGAGAGUUAGCUUUAGCAGUGCGGAGAGCCUCCGUGACACAGAGAAGAGCAGUCUCAGUUGAAUGACCAGUCCUGAAACCUGACUGGUUUGGAUCAAGAAGGUCAUUCUGAGAGAGAUAGCAAGAGAGUUGGCUAAAGACGGCACGCUCAAUAGUUUUGGAAAGAAAAGAAAGAAGGGAUACUGGUCUGUAGUUGUUGACAUCAGUGGGAUCGAGUGUUGGUUUUUUGAGAAGGGGGUGCAACUCUCGCUCUCUUGAAGACGGAAGGGACAUAGCCAGCGGUCAAGGAUGAGUUGAUCAGCGAGGUGAGGUAGGGGAGAAGGUCACCGGAGAUGGUCUGGAGAAGAGAGGAGGGGAUGGGGUCAAGCGGGCAGGUUGUUGGGCGGCCUGCAGUCACAAGUCGCAAGAUUUUAUCUGGAGAGAGAGGGGAGAAAGAAGUCAAAGCAUAGGGUAGGGCAGUGUGAGCAGGACCAGCAGUGUCAUUAGACUUAACAAACGAGGAUCGGAUGUCGUCAACCUUCUUUUCAAAGUGGUUGACGAAGUCAUCCACAGAGAGAGGGGGGGGGGGGGGGGGGGGGGGGGGGAUUCAGCAGGGAGGAGAAUGUGGCAAAGAGCUUCCUAGGGUUAGAGGCAGAUGCUUGGAAUUUAGAGUGGUAGAAAGUGGCCUUAGCAGCAGAAACCGAUGAAGAAAAUGUAGAGAGGAGGGAGUGAAAAGAUGCCAGGUCGGCAGGGAGUUUAGUUUUCUUCCAUUUCCGCUCCGCUGCCCGGAGCUCUGUUCUGUGAGCUCGCAAUGAGUCAUCAAGCCACGGAGCUGGAGGGGAGGACCGAGCCGGCCGGGAGGAUAGGGGACACAGAGAGUCAAAGGAUGCAGAAAGGGAGGAGAGGAGGGUUGAGGAGGCAGAAUCAGGAGAUUGGAGGGAGAAGGAUUGAGCAGAGGGAAGAGAUGAUAGGAUGGAAGAGGAGAGAGUAGUGGGAGAGAGAGAGCGAAGGUUGCGACGGCGCAUUACCAUCUGUGUAGGGGCAGAGUGAGUAGUGUUGGAGGAGAGCGAGAGAGAAAAGGAUACAAAGUAGUGGUCGUAGACAUGGAGGGGAGUUGCAGUGAGAUUAGUAGAAGAGCAGCAUCUAGUAAAGAUGAGGUCAAGCGUAUUGCCUGCCUUGUGAGUAGGGGGGGACGGUGAGAGGGCGAGGUCAAAAGAGGAGAGGAGUGGAAAGAAGGAGGCAGAGAGAAAUGAGUCAAAGGUAGACGUAGGGAGGUUGAAAUCCCCCAAAACUGUGAGGGGUGAGCCAUCCUCAGGAAAGGAACUUAUCAAGGCGUCAAGCUCAUUGAUGAACUCUCCAAGGGAACCUGGAGGGCGAUAGAUGACAAGGAUAUUAAGCUUAAAUGGGGUAGUGACUGUGACAGCAUGGAAUUCAAAUGAGGAGAUAGACAGAUGGGUUAGGGGAAAAAUUGAGAAUGUCCACUUGGGAGAGAUGAGGAUUCCUGUGCCACCACCCCUCUGACCAGAUGCUCUCGGGGUAUGCGAGAACACAUGGUCAGACGAGGAGAGAGCAGUAGGAGUAGCAAUGUUUUCAGUGGUAAUCCAUGUUUCCGUCAGCGCCAGGAAGUCGAGGGACUGAAGGGUAGCAUAGGCUGGGAUGAAGUCAGCCUUGUUGGCAGCAGAACGGCAGUUCCAGAGGCUGCCUGAGACCUGGAACUCCAGGUGUGGGGUGCGUGCAGGGACCACCAGGUUAGAGAGGCAGCAGCCACGCGGUGUGAGGCGUUUGUGUAGCCUGUGCGGAGAGGAGAGAACAGGGAUAGGCAGAGGCAUAGUUGACAGGCUGUAGCAAAUGGCUACAAUAAUGCAGAGGAGAUCGGAAUGAAAUGAACUAAACAUCUGGGAAAGGAGAGAGUAAAAACCAAAACUCCCAAAUAUAACUCUCCCAACUUCCACCUCAGAAACUAUAAUUGUUUCACUGAACCACCCGAAUAAAACUCUCCCAACUUCCACUUUAGAAAUUAGAAUUGUUGUGAACUACAGCGGUUCAAUGUUUCAAGGAAUAGACUCAACUUACUUUAUUCAGCUAGCUAACUAUGACGCCAUAGCUAACUAGCAUGCUAGCAUCCAAUAACACACAGUUUAGCACCAAUACUUGGUUACAACAAACUACCAAUAGUGUGUUAACACACUAAACAGAUAAUUCGUGUCCGUGUCUAGUUCCUUUCAUAACGCAGCAAUAAUUAAACGUUGGCUAGCUAGCACAAAUAUAUUGUAUUUAGCUGCUACAGUACAGCUAGCUGGUCGUGUUGGCUAGCUAGCAAUGGCUGCUGUGUUGACUUUGUUUGAAAAACGGCGGCGCUGCGAACAAAUGUAGCUGGCUAAAAGGAUAUUGUAUUUAGUUGCUACCGUUGCUAAUAGCUACUCGCCAGCUAGUCCAGGAGGUGAGUUAGCUAGCUAGCUAGCUUCGUGCUACACCCGGCACCGCCGAAAACAACGCUAGCCUACAAUAACUACCCACAACAGCCCACGAUGCCUACCUAUAAUACCUAAUAAUAUACAGCCCACGAUGCCUACCUAUAAUACCUAACUACAAUCUAAAUACAUAGUUUAAGCCUUACUCGACAAAGCCCAAGCUAUGUAUAAAGCCAAACUUACCCGACGCCAGCUGUCUGGGUGGUAGACAAGAAGACAUUGGUCUUCUGCAAUCAGUAGCUGUAAUUAAGUACAGUAGCUACUAACUACCUAACGUUAAUGCCUCGGAUAAUGAGGUUAGAAAAACAGCUGAAUGGUAGGUAGCUAGCUGGCUUAAUUACAGGUACUCUUAAGCGUGAAAUAACAUUGGAAACAACUAUCCACAGUUGCUAAAAGUUACCAGUAGCUACCCGCUAGCUAGCUAGCUUUAUUGGUCCAGGUAGUGGGUUAGCUAGCCUCGUGCUUCGCCGGGCUCCGCCGAAUACAAUACUUACCUACAAUAAUUACCUACAAUAACCUACAAUAACUACCUAAGUAAACUACCUACAAUACCUAACUACAAUACCUACCUACAAUCUAAAUACAUGGUUUAAGCUUUACUCAACACCAUAUAAGAAGCCAAGCUUACCUCCUGCUAGAGAAAACACAACCUCUCCCGACCACUCCUCAUGAAUGGCAUAUGAAAUGCAUGGGAGGGCAGGGCACAAUUAUUAUUAGCCUACAGUACGUAUAUUUAAUAAUACAUUCCCUCAAGUGGGCCCCCUAUGGCCCGCCCAUAGCGACGGGUGUGCUUAUUAUGGACACAGUAUGCUUUACAUUAGUUCUCUUGUUGUUAUUCAUUGUUGUUAUUAGUCCCAUCCUUCAGCUCCAUUCAACACCUCCCAUCUAUCUCUUAACACCAUCCAUAUUGGAUUUCUAUUUGCCAUAUAUUUUCUACUGUACUGUGAUGAUUUACAAAAGUUCUGAACCUUUCUAUUCUCAUUGUUUCUACAGAUCGUAAAUUGAAAAUAAACAUUUUUGCUAAAAGUAUUAUUAUAUUAUUGAUCGAUUGACUAUGACUUUUCAGAUCACCCAGUAGUGCUAUCUGCAGGGUUAGCGCCAGGUAAAUAUUGCAAUCCUUUAGCCAUUCCUGGACCUGUGUCCAAAAACAAGCUACAAAUGGACAGUACCAAAACAAAUGAUCUAAUGAUUCUGUCUCUUCGCAGCAAAAUCUGCAGAGCUGGGAAGAUUGUAUCCCCAAUAAAAAUAACAUUAUAUUGGUAGCAAGAAUUUUAUAUAAUAAUUUAAAUUGAAAAAUUUUGCGUAUCAAUUCAUAAACACUAUGCCAUGGAAUCGGUUCGUCAAAAAUCUCUUCCCAACUAUUUUGCAAUCUACAGUGUGGAAAAAAGUAUUUAGUCAGCCACCAAUUGUGCAAGUUCUCCCACUUAAAAAGAUGAGAGAGGCCUGUAAUUUUCAUCAUAGGUACACGUCAACUAUGACAGACAAAUUGAGAAAAUCACAUUGUAGGAUUUUUUAUAAAUUUAUUUGCAAAUUAUGGUGGAAAAUAAGUAUUUGGUCACCUACAAACAAGCAAGAUUUCUGGCUCUCACAGACCUGUAACUUCUUCUUUAAGAGGCUCCUCUGUCCUCCACUCGUUACCUGUAUUAAUGGCACCUGUUUGAACUUGUUAUCAGUAUAAAAGACACCUGUCCACAACCUCAAACAGUCACACUCCAAACUCCACUAUGGCCAAGACCAAAGAGCUGUCAAAGGACACCAGAAACAAAAUUGUAGACCUGCACCAGGCUGGGAAGACUGAAUCUGCAAUAGAUAAGCAGCUUGGUUUGAAGAAAUCAACUGUUGGAGCAAUUAUUAGGAAAUGGAAAACAUACAAGACCACUGAUAAUCUCCCUCGAUCUGGGGCUCCACGCAAGAUCUCACCCCGUGGGGUCAAAAUGAUCACAAGAACGGUGAGCAAAAAUCCCAGAACCACACGGGGGGACCUAGUGAAUGACCGGCAGAGAGCUGGGACCAAAGUAACAAAGCCUACCAUCAGUAACACACUACGCCGCCAGGGACUAAAAUCCUGCAGUGCCAGACGUGUCCCCCUGCUUAAGCCAGUACAUGUCCAGGCCCGUCUGAAGUUUGCUAGAGUGCAUUUGGAUGAUCCAGAAGAGGAUUGGGAGAAUGUCAUAUGGUCAGAUGAAACCAAAAUAUAACUUUUUGGUAAAAACUCAACUCGUCGUGUUUGGAGGACAAUGAAUGCUGAGUUGCAUCCAAAGAACACCAUACCUAUACCUCAUGCUUUGGGGCUGUUUUUCUGCAAAGGGACCAGGACGACUGAUCCGUGUAAAGGAAAGAAUGAAUGGGGCCAUGUAUCGUGAGAUUUUGAGUGAAAACCUCCUUCCAUCAAAUCAAAUCAAAUCAAAUCAAAUUGUAUUGGUCACAUGCGCCGAAUACAACAGGUGCAGACAUUGCAGUUAAAUGCUUACUUACAGCCCUUAACCAACAGUGCAUUUAUUUUAAACAAAAAAAGUAAGAAUAAAACAACAACAACAAAAAAGUGUUGAGAAAAAAAGAGCAGAAGUAAAAUAAAGUGACAGUAGGGAGGCUAUAUAUACAGUAAAAUAAAGUGACAGUAGGGAGGCUAUAUAUACAGGGGGGUACCGUUGCAGAGUCAAUGUGCGGGGGCACCGGCUAGUUGAGGUAGUUGAGGUAAUAUGUACAUGUGGGUAGAGUUAAAGUGACUAUGCAUAAAUACUUAACAGAGUAGCAGCAGCGUAAAAAGGAUGGGGUGGGGGGGCAGUGCAAAUAGUCCGGGUAGCCAUGAUUAGCUGUUCAGGAGUCUUAUGGCUUGGGGGUAGAAGCUGUUGAGAAGUCUUUUGGACCUAGACUUGGCACUCCGGUACCGCUUGCCGUGCGGUAGCAGAGAGAACAGUCUAUGACUAGGGUGGCUGGAGUCUUUGACAAUUUUGAGGGCCUUCCUCUGACACCGCCUGGUAUAGAGGUCCUGGAUGGCAGGGAGCUUUGCCCCAGUGAUGUACUGGGCCGUACGCACUACCCUCUGUAGUGCCUUGCGGUCAGAGGCCAAGCAGUUGCCAUACCAGGCGGUGAUGCAACCAGUCAGGAUGCUCUCGAUGGUGCAGCUGUAGAAUUUUUUGAGGAUCUGAGGACCCAUGCCAAAUCUUUUUAGUCUCCUGAGGGGGAAUAGGCAUCAGCAAGGGCAUUGAAGAUGAAACGUGGCUGGGUCUUUCAGCAUGACAAUGAUCCCAAACACACCGCCCGGGCAAUGAAGGAGUGGCUUCGUAAGAAGCAUUUCAAGGUCCUGGAGUGGCCUAGCCAGUCUCCAGAUCUCAACCCCAUAGAAAAUCUUUGGAGGGAGUUGAAAGUCUGUGUUGCCCAGCGACAGCCCCAAAACAUCACUGCUCUAGAGGAGAUCUGCAUGGAGGAAUGGGCCAAAAUACCAGCAACAGUGUGUGAAAACCUUGUGAAGACUUACAGAAAACGUUUGACAUGUGUCAUUGCCAACAAAGGGUAUAUAACAAAGUAUUGAGAAACUUUUGUUAUUGACCAAAUACUUAUUUUCCACCAUAAUUUGCAAAUAAAUUAAUGAAAAAUUCUACAAUGUGAUUUUCUGGAUAUUUUUUACCUCAUUUUGUCUGUCAUAGUUGACAUGUACCUAUGAUGAAAAUUACAGGCCUCUCUCAUCUUUUUAAGUGGGAGAACUUGCACAAUUGGUGGCUGACUAAAUACGUAUUUUCCCCACUGUAUAUGGGACGGCUGUCAAUCCUUUGGUCCUUAAAUGAAACUGGUAUACUUUUUUAUUUAUCACAAUUUUCUUUAACCAAUUAUAUUCUUUAAUGCAAGGCCGACAGACAAGUUCCUUACUUUUUCCCCCUUCCACUUUCCUUUUCCAUUUUUGCGGUAAUGCUGCAAUUAUUUGGUUGUAAUUUUGGGUAGAGCAGACAUUUCCAUAUGUUUUUGUUAGCUGCAUGUGCGACAUAACUCCACCAGUCCUACCGAUAAUAUCAUUUACGAAGAUUAUACUUUUUUUAAACAUUUUGCCCCCCAAAAAUGUUUUUUUAUCAAUUAGUAUAUUUUAGUUUAACCACAAUAUUUGUUGCAUUAUUUGUUCUGUAGUUUCUGGAGGAUUAAAUUGAAAUUGCAACCUACUUUCUAUGGCUUUUUUUUAGAAAUAGUAAUAUUUGGGAGAUUAUUUCCUUUUCAAAUAACUUAAAGUGAGAGGUUGUAAUCUGAAUAAAGGGAAAAAGGCCAUUCUUGAACAUUGUGUGAGACAAUCUUACUGAUUUGCUAGAGAACCAGUUCGGAUUUAAGUAUAACUUUUGUAUGACAAGCUUUUAGUGAUAGGUCUAAUGCUUUAAUAUUUAAUAAUUUCUGUCCUCCGAAUUCAUAUUCAUUAUAUAAAAAUGCCCGUUUAAUUUUGUCUGGCUUGCCGUUCCAAAUAAAAUGGAAUAUUUUUUUCUCAUAUAAUUUUUAAAACUGUUCGCUAGGCGUAGGCAAGACCAUAAGCAAAUAGGUAAACUGGGAUAAUACUAAAGUACUUUGUUUUUAAGCCCUGGAUUUCUAAUCCCUUGAUAUUAUUGUUGGAUCUGAUUUUAAUAGCUAACAUCUCGAUGGCAAUAAUAAAUAGAUAUGCCGAUAGUGGACAACCUUGUUUCACUCCUCUUGACAGUUUAAAACUUUUAAAUAAGAGAUUGUCCAAAUUUGAAAUGCUCCAGGCAUUUAUAUAUAAACCCCAGUCAUCCUUGAUCAAAUGCCCUUUCGAAGUCUGCUAUGAAUAGUAGGCCUGGUUUCCCAGAUUUUUCAUAGUGUUCUAUUGUUUCCAGUACUUGCCUUAUAUUAUCUCCAAUGUAUCACCCAUGUAAAAAACCUGUCUGAUUAGAAUUAAUAAUGUUCAACAAUACCUUUUUAAUUCUAUGUGCUAUACAUUUUGGUAGAAUUUUUGCAUCACAACACUGAAGUGUAAGGGGCCUCCAAUUUUUUUAAUGGACUGGAUCUUUGUAUUUUCCACUUGUAUCCUGUUUCAGUAAUAAUGAAAUCAGACCUUCUUCUUGAGUGUCUGAUAAUCUACCAUUUACAUAGGAGUGGUUAAAACAUGCUAAUUAUUUUUAUUUUUUAUUUAACCUUUAUUUAACCAGGUAAGCCAGUUGAGAACAAGUUCUCAUUUACAACUGCGACCUGGCCAAGAUAAAGCAAAGCAGUGCGAUAAAAACAACAACACAGAGUUACAUAUGGGGUAAAACAAAACAAAGUCAAAAAUACAACAGAAAAAAAUAUAUAUACAGUGUGUGCAAAUGUAGCAAGUUAUGGAGGUAAGGCAAUAAAUAGGCUAUAGUGCAAAAUAAUUACAAUUAGUAUUAACACUGGAAUGCUAGAUGUGCAAGAGAUGAUGUGCAAAUAGAGAUACUGGGGUACAAAUGAGCAAAAUAAAUAACAAUAUAGGGAUGAGGUAGUUGGGCGGGCUAAUUUCAGAUGGGCUGUGUACAGGUGCAGUGAUCGGUAAGGUGCUCUGACAACUGAUGCAUAAAGUUAGUAAUAAUAACGGUCCUCUCAGUAUAUCAAAAAAGGUUUGGUAUACCUCGACUGGUAUGCCAUCCAACCCUGGAGUUUUCCCGGACUUAAAGUCUUUAAUUGCAUCAAGAAGUUCCUCCUAUGUAAUUUCACCUUCACAUGAGUCUUUCUGUAUGGCUGUUAAUUUUACAUUAUCAAUAGAAAAAAAUCUCUACAAUUUGCUUCAGUUAGAGGAGAUGGAGGCGACUGAAACGAAAACAUAUGCUUAAAGUACUUUGUUUCCUCCUUCAAAAUAUCAUUUGGUGAAUCAUGGGUGACUCCGUCAUUUGUAACCAGUUUCAAUAAAUUAUUUUUGGUAGCAUUCCUAUGUUGAAGAUUAAAACAUAAUUUGGUGCAUUUUUCCCAAUAUUCCAUCCAGUUUACUUUAUUUUUACAAUAUAUUACACUUGAUCUUUCUUUAAUAAGUUUCUCCAUUUCUUUUUUUAUCUUAUUUUUGUACUUGCAAAUAUGACCUGACCUAAAAACAGAAAACAUGGUUCGGCAUAUGAAAAUCAACACCAGUCAGGAUCUGAUCCAAAUACACAACACACAGCAAAAAGGAUUAUAGUAAGGAACUUGACUGACGAUAAACAGUGUGGUUUCCAGUUACACCUUUUGAUAUCCAUUCAGCUGUGUAACACACUGUAUUGUGUUCCAGCUCCAGCUUAGUGUAUCAAAGCAGCUCCCAGCAUCUGGUGAAGAGAGGAGCUGUCAUAGCUGUCUCAUCAAAUACAGACACCAACGACAGAGGCAAGUUGGAUCAUCUUAAGUCUCAAAAUAGGGACAAUACCGUAGCCUGUGGCACUGCUGCUAUCCCCUCUUUGUAAUGGAAGCAUCUAGAAUGUCAAUGCUACGGAACAGAACACACAGGCCAAGCCAGACUUUGACAUUCUACUUGUAGAACGCACCUGUGCAUCAUCGCCAGUUCGUCACUGUUCGUGACGGUUUUGUGUUUGUACAGCUGCCUGCUCUGCAUGACUGUUCUUUGGAAGGUGUAUUAAACUUGGUUGUAUCUGAAAGGUAAAGCUGAAGUCUAGCCAGAAUAUUACUGUGGCUAGAUCUACAGUAUAAAAGUGAGAGUAAAAUCUCAAACUGAGUGAGUCAGAGGUGGAGAGGCAUAGCUUUCACAUAUUUGGUUUGCCCAUAGUCCAUAAGGAUUUGCCUGCUUGUAAAUCACACCUCUUUGUCUUUACAUGCAAAAGACAGGUCAGUGAUAGAGAUACUGUAUAUUUACCUCAUAAAAAAGAUAGAGCCCAUCUCGUAGCCUCUUUUAAUGCUCUGGCUAUAAACUGCUCUGGAUAGGACAUCAUGGGCAUCCUCUAUGAUAGUGUAAUGUAAUGUCUGGCUAUUACAAAGUACACUGUACUUACUACUGAGGAAGCCUAAAGUCUACAUGUGGAAACCGUCUGGUUUACAUCAUGACAGUUCAGUAAGGUCAUGUCUCAAAAGGGUCUGGAUUGACGUAGCAGGCUACUGCAGUAGACCUAUUCUCCAUGUCUAGGACUAGGUCUGUAGCAAAGGGAAUUUAAUCAUCCCCAACCACAAGUCAUAAACCCUCUCAAUGAGGAGUGAGAAGUCCUUGGAUACUAUUGAUAAAUAUUUAUCUAUUUUUUAAAUGAAUGCCAAGAAAGGGGGGCAGUGGAGAAGAACAUUACAGGGAGGAAGGUGUGUCCCAGGAACAGUCUUAUCACAUAUGCCAGGGAUGGAAAUUUGGUUGCGAAUCAGCAGUUUUUUUCUUGCUAUGUCAGUCACUGACAGUCACUCACCCAUGUCAGCAAAAAGAAAUGUGAUUGGUAAAUUAUAGCCAGCUAUCUAAAAUUGUAGUAAUCAUGGUCAAAUUACCGUCUGUGGGGCCCCCAUUGGUUUUGUUAGUCACUACCACUCAGAUAUCAUAUUAAAAACUGCUAACAUUUCUCUCCACUCUAUGGCAAACUGUGUGGAAUUGCAGGAAAUGUGUUAUAAAAUUGCUAAAUAUUCUCUGCACCCCAUGGUAAAAUGUGUAGAAUUGCAGCAAACUUGCUUUACAACUGCAACAUUUUCUCUACGCCCCAUGGCAAAAUGUGUAGAAUUGCAAGAAACAAACAUUUCAUUUUUUUCUCUGCGCUGUAAAGAGAGGGGCCGCUAAAAUGUUUUGCUCACAUGGUGGGGGGCCCCCCUAAGCAAAAUUGUGUUAGCUCAAAAGGCUAGGGCCGGCUCUGACUGCAUGUGUGGGUAUGGAUGUGGGCAGUGGUGGAAAAAGUACCCAAUUGUCAUACUUGAGUAAAAGUAAAGAUACCUUAAUAGAAAAUGACUCAAGUCACCCAGUAAAAUACUAUUUGAGUAAAAGUCUAAAAGUAUUUGGUUUUAAAUAUACUUUAGUAUCAAAAGUAAAAGUAAAAGUAUAAAUCAUUUCAAAUUGCUUAUAUUAAGCAAACCAGACGGCACCAUUUUCUUGUUUUUAAAAUUGGCGGAUAGCAAGGGGCAUAAUUUAGACAUAAUUUACAAAUGAAGCAUGUGUGUUUAAUGAGUCAGAUCAGAGGCAGUAGGGAUGACCAGGGAUGUUCUGUUGAUAAGUGCGUGAAUUGGACCAUUUUCCUGUGCUGCUAAGCAUUCAAAAUGUAACGAGUACUUUUGGGUGUCAGGGAAAAUGUAUGGAGUAAAAAGUACAAUAUUUUCUUUAGGAAUGUAGUGAAGUAAAUGUCAAAGUUGUCAAAAAUAUAAAUAGUAAAGUAAAGUACAGAUACCCCAAAAAACUACUUAAGUAGUAUUUUAAAGUAUUUGUACUUAAGUACUUUACACCACUGAAUAUGGGUACACAGACCCACUAGCCACUGUGGCAUGAUGAGCUCAGUUUUUUUGUGGGCCCCAUCUCCAUCAAAGUUGCCCAUCCCUGAUAUAAGCCUUACAAUCAAAGAACAAGCACAUGAUGUAAAGGCCUAAAAUAAUACUUUGGCUGAAAGAAUCAGAAUAAAUCCAGUUUCACAAAAAAAUAAAAAAAAUAAGCAUAGCCUUAUCUCCAAGGCAUGCCUGCACUGUAGCCUACUGUGCUCAAGUUUAUUUAUUGCUCACUAGUACCCUCUUCUGGCAUGUUUCUGAACUGAACUCUCUCCUUUUUCAUCGUUUCAGAUAUUGGUUUUGACAGAUUCACUUUUGGCUUCACAAUCAAGGACUCGCCAGACUAUUUAAUUAAUGUCUCCUCGUGGGGCAACGAUGAAUACAUCAAUGGGCUGUCUAACAGUUUCAGCAUAGGAGACUGUGGUGAGAUUAUAAGUUCAAUUCAAUUAUCUCGCAAUGAAGACAUUAAAUAAUAGUUCACAUACAGAUACAAUGUGUCCGUCUUUAUGGAAUUUCUAAGACAUUUAUAAUUACAAUAAUUUAUCCCCCUUCAGUUAUUAUAGAAAAUCCUUUAGUUGCUCCCAAAGAUCCUGAGAAAGAGGACAGACUCUGCCCCUCAACUCCCAGGUACUGUAGUAAAGUGGUCAGAUCUCUUUUUAAACAUUACUAUACUCGAAGUAAUACAAGUAACAAAAUCAAUUUCUCUGUCUCAGCUUCUACAGGUUGCUGGUGAAUGAAGCUCACUCCCAGCUAUCAAUAUGCUCUGACAUAGAAACGAUGAAAAGGCUGCUGCCUUGACUCCACCUGCCUGUGAAGGACUCCAGGGACUUCAACUCUCUGGGAGACAUCGUGGCCAACGGACAGAGCCUGGACAGGAACGUCAUUAACAUACUCACUGACGUUCGGUCGGUAAGAUCUAAGAGUGCAUAGAGUAAAGUAGGUCUUGAGUAGGGUAGUACCUGGUAGGGUUGUGUAGGAGCCACAAACUAGGCCCUGUCAACACAUGUCCAGUAGUAUAGAGUUGAAGUCGGAUGUUUACAUACACCGUAGCCAAAUACAUUUAACUCAGUUUUUCACAAUUCCUGACACUUAAUCCUAGUAAAUAUUCCCUGUCUUAAAUCAGUUAGGAUCACCACUUUAUUUUAAGAAUGUGAAAUGUCAGAAUAAUAGUAGAGAGAAUGAUUUAUUUCAGCUUUUAUUUCUUUCAUCACAUUCCCAGUGGGUCAGAAGUUUACAUACACUGAAUUAGUAUUUGGUAUCAUUGCCUUUAAAUUGUUUAACUUGAGUCAAACGUUUAGGGUAGCCUUCCACAAGCUUCCCACAAUAAGUUGGGUGAAUUUUGGCCCAUUCCUCCUGACAGAGCUGGUGUAACUGAGUCAGGUUUGUAGGCCUCCUUGCUCGCACACGCUUGUUCAGUUCUGUCCACAAAUUUUCUAUAGAAUUGAGGUCAGUGCUUUGUGAUGGCCACUCCAAUACCUUGACUUUGUUGUCCUUAAGCCAUUUUGCCACAACUUUGGAAGUAUGCUUGGGGUCAUUGUCCAUUUGGAAGACCCAUUUGCGACCAAGCUUUAACGUCCUGACUGAUGUCUUGAGAUGUUGCUUCAAUAUAUCCACAUAAUUUCCUUCCUCAUGAUGCCAUCUAUUUUGUGAAGUGCACCAGCCCCUCCUGCAGCAAAGCACCCCCACAGCAUGAUGCUGCCACCCCGUGCUUCACGGUUGGGAUGGUGUUCUUUGGCUUGCAAGCAACCCCCUUUUUCCUCCAAACAUAACAAUGGUCAUUAUGGCCAAACAGUUCUAUUUUUGUUUCAUCAGACCAGAGGACAUUUCUCCAAAAAGUACGAUCUUUGUCCCCAUGUGCAAUUGCAAACUGUAGUCUGGCUUUUUUAUGGCGGUUUUGGAGCAGUGGCUUCUUCCUUGCUGAACAGCCUUUCAGGUUAUGUCGAUAUAGGACACGUUUUACUGUGGAUAUAGAUACUUUUGUACCUGUUUCCUCCAUUAUCUUCACAAGAUCCUUUGCUGUUGUUCUGGGAUUGAUUUGCAUUUUCCGCACCAAAGUACGUUAAUCUCUAGGAGACAGAACGCGUCUCCUUCCUGAGCGGUAUGACGGCUGCGUGGUCCCAUGGUGUUUAUACUUGCGUACUAUUGUUUGUACAGAUGAAUGUGGUAUCUUCAGGCGUUUGGAAAUUGCUCCCAAGGAUGAACCAGACUUGUGGAGGUAAACAAUUAUUUUUCUGAGGUCUUGGCUGAUUUCUUUUGAUUUUCCCAUGAUGUCAAGCAAAGAGGCACUCAGUUUGAAGGUAGGCCUUGAAAUACAUCCACAGGUACACCUCCAAUUGACUCAAAUGAUGUCAAUUAGCCUAUCAGAAGCUUCUAAAGCCAUGACAUCAUUUUCUGGAAUUUUUCCAAGCUGUUUAAAGGCACAGUCGAUUUAGUGUAUGUAAACUUCUGACCCACUGGAAUUGUGAUACAGUGAAUUAUAAGUGAAAUAAUCUGUCUGUAAACAAUUGUUGGAAAAAUUAUUUGUGUCAUGCACAAAGUAGAUGUCCUAACCGACUUGCCAAAACUAUAGCUUGUUAACAAGAAAUGUGUGGAGUGGUUGAAAAACGAGUUUCAAUGACUCCAACCUAAGUGUAUGUAAACUUCCGACUUCAACUGUAAGUACCAUAUGUAUUAGAAACACUAAAAGCUUUCUGCAAGAAAGAAAAUAAGUGUUGUAAAUAAUUUCCAAACCACUAUUUUUACCCUCCAGGUUGCAGAGCCAAAGUAUUUCACCACGGAGGACGGACGCAAAGGGCAGAGGCUGGAAGUGAAGCUUUUUGAUGAUUCUGUCACAUCCUUUCCCUUAGUAUGGUAGGAACUAAGAUGUACCACUGUACUACUGUACCCCCUCUUCAAUAUUCCCAUCCUCUCCCCUGAGUAACCAUAAUAACCUCUGUAUCACACAGCUGGGACAGAGAGGCCGUUCAGCUAGUUCAGACUCUGUUACUUUGUUAAAUGGAAAUGUGUGAUAUUUUGUGUUUGUUUAAAAGGUCAUUGACCGAAUUAGACUUUUGUCUGUACUUCAAGUGCUCUUCAUCUUGGACGCCAGGUUUGAUUUUGACAGCUUCCGGAACUGCAUGACAGCUACAGUCAAUUCUAAAACCAUAAUCACCGUCAACCCGGGUAAGGAUAUCACUUUAUCUGGAUUGAUCAUAUCUGUUUACAACACAUGCUCCUUUUCUGCAUUGAGAAACAGUAGACAAUUGUUUUUCCAAGAGCAAAUGUUAAUGUUCACAUUAUUAAUACAGUACCUAAUGCUGUAAUUAAUGUGAUUCUGUUUUGAGAUACAUAAGACACGAAGGAAGCCAGCCUUCUGUUCAGCUAUGCCAAAGAGAUCUCUGCGUCUGGUGUGUUGGAUGAGGAUGAUAGGCCUGGAGAUGUGCCUGGUAUGUAACAACUAUGACUGUAUUAGUAUUAUCAUACAUUUGAGACUUUGCAAUCAUGAUUUUAUGAUCACAUUUUAUUUGUUACAUGCGCCGAAUGCAACAGGUGUAGACUUCACUGUGAAAUGCUUACUUAGGAGCCCUUUCCCAACAAUGCAGAGUUAAAAUGGAAUACAAAUAAAUAAAAUAAAAUAGCAAAUAAGAACAAAAAUUAAUAGGAAAUAGUAACACAAUAAAAUAACAAUAAUGAGGCUAUAUACAAGGAGUACCGGUACUGAGUCAAUGUUCAGGGGUACGAGGUAAUUGAGGUAAUAUGUACAUGUAUGUACGGGUAAAUGUGACUAGGCAAUCAGGAUAGAUAACAAACAGAGUGUGUAGUGUGUGUGUGUGCGUGUGUGUGUGUGUGUGUGUGUGUGUGUAUCUGUGUGUUGGAGUGUCAGUGUAGUAUGUGUGUGUGUGUGUGGGUAGAGUCCAGUGAGUGUGCAUAGAGCCAGUGCAAGAAUGUCAGUAAAAAAAGGGCUCAAUGCAAAUAGCCCGGGUAGCCAUUUGAGUAACUGUUCAGCAGUCUUAUAGCUUGGGGGUAGAAGCUUUUCAGGAGCCUUUUGGUCCCAGACUUGGCGCUCCGGGACCACUUGCCGUGCAGUAGCAGAGAGAACAGUCUAUGACUUGGGUGGCUGGAGUCUUUGACAAUUUUUAGGGCCUUCCUCUAACACCGCACAAUAUGAUUCUCUGUUAUUAAUGACUGUUGUCUUCUCUCCAGUGGAUUCGGUAAGCGAUGUAUACACAGUGCGCCAGCUCAAACUCAAAGCCCAGGAGAACCCGGAGGUGUUCUGUGGAAUCACCUACAGCUUCAUCUCCAAACUGGAUCUAGAUGCCUCUGUCUCCAAAGUCAUCAGAAGCAGGUGGUAA